GAGUAUUAUAUCUCUACAUUUUAAAUAAAGUAAAAAGGUUUGAUCGCCAGUAAAAAUAAAAACCAAGAUUAGAUAGUAUUAAAUCGACCAACUGGCUAAGGAUGUUAUAUUUUUUAAUUAAUUUUCAAUAUCAUAUUUUUUAUUUGUCAGCUACGUUUCGACCACAGUAUUGGCCCUUCAUCAGGCUACAAUAGAUAAAUCACAAGACUAAAGUUAUAUAAAAAUUGUGACAGAUUCAAAAAACAAUGUUGAAUAAACUAACAUUAAAUUUAUAUUCUACGCGGAUAUAAAUUUAAUUAAUUUUACAUAAGGUUUCGACGAACUUUCUGCCAAGUAUUCCUCGGGAUCAAGCUUUUGGAGCAGAAUUUCGGGACGAAAAACUCUUCGUGAAUCUUCCGAGGAAUCAUGCGAGGCAACAUGGCGAGCCCCAAGCAAUCCGCGAACACGAGAAGCAACGAAGGACACAGGAGGGUCUGUCAAGAACACGCCGAAGAGGACUGUCCGAGCGAGAACGAGCGCGAGUUCGAGUCGCUGGAAUACGAGGAGGACGUUUAUUACUCGAAGCUGACGACGACGCCGAGCUUCGACGACAUCGACGAGCUCGAUGACGAUGAGGUGGACGAACUGGUGAUCCACUGCUGGCGCGAUUCGAACGGCGAGAUCGACGAGAUUGUCGUCGACGACGGCAACCUGGAGGCGGAACUUCCGCCGGAAGCGGGCUCGCACGACGGAAGAGCCAAGAAGAAGAAGAGGAGAUCGAUCCGCGUGAUCUUCCAGGACCUCUCGAAGCCCUACCUCGCCAAGAUUAGCAACAGUCAGAACUACAAGAGGUUCCUGGAGCUGGUAAAAGGAGAAGACGCCUCGCUUCACUCGGCUGGAUCUCUAUCGCCCUCGGAUAGUGUAACAAACGAGCUUCAAGGACUCACCUUGGAGGAGCAAGAAGAACGUAAAGCUGAAUGGAGCGCUCAAUUAGCUAAAGUCGAAGAGGAAAUACAGACUUUGAGACACGUCCUCGCUAACAAGAUCAAGGUUUCGCAGGAUCUGAAGAGGAAGCUGGGUAUCAGCGUUUGGAAAGAGCUCACCGACGAUGUUAAUCAGGGUCUCAAAAAUGUCAAGGAAAGCCACGUUUAUCAGAAUGUCGGCGAGACACUCGGUCGUAUAACCAGGACAGUCUCCGGGAACAAUUUAUACCAAAAAACAGAAUCUGUACUCAAGUCCACAGCUGAAAAGACAACCAGUAUCCUGGGUGGAUUUGGUAGUGGCAUUUCCAUGAAACUAGGCCAGAUGCGCAAUUCCGACAGCUUCCGGUCCUUAGAGGAGAGAGUUGGAUCCGCUUGCGAGAACAUUAAGACGAAAGUUGUGCCUUCGAGAUCCACCUCGACGCAGAGCUUCGACGAGGCUCUCCGGGAAUCCGAAGCAAUGAGGCGUGCAUCUGCGGCUCCGUCGGUCACCAGCCCGACCAUUCCUGAGGACAAACUGCUCUCUUAGAGCCCAACAUUGCCCGAAGCUCGUGCGUCUUCACCGCACGAUAUAAAGUGCUGAUUAUGCACUAUAUCACUAUUGCAUUCGUCUACUGCAAUCGCUAUAGAGGGCCAAACGGCGAUGUAUCCGUGCACGUCGAAUGAAUCGAUAACUUCGUUGACUUUGAUAGCUUCGGAAUCAAGACACUUCGGGUACAAUCGUUCAAGUACUAUCUUAACUCUAUAUCUAAUAAAAAAAAUAUAUAUUUUUCUUGCACGCCCUUUCCACGCCUUUUCCUUCGCAGGAUUGCCUUUUUCUAGGCCAUAUUCAGGACAUCUUUAGACGUAGCGGAAAACGUCUCUUGUAAUUUUUAUAUCUAUAUUCUAUAUUAAAAGAAGAAAAGAAAAAACAAUAUUUCUAAACAAUGACAUGUAUAGAAUUUCUUUUGACAAUUAUUUUUGAUUUGUAAUUAUAAUAAAAAAAUUUAUGCUCGAA